AUGGCUGCUGUUGAUCGGAACCGGCUUGAUGGCCCAAAGAUAGAGAGGGUAGAUGUUGUAGUCUUUGUUAUCUGGGAGCUAGUCAUCUUAGCAUUCUUAGUGUUCUCAGUCGUUUCCUUGUACUUCAAGCGAUUGCAGCUCGCCAUCAUCUUGGUAUGCGUCACUUUGCUACUACUUGUUUACAUGAAGGUCACAAAGCAGGUGAGAUUGGCCAGGAAGAAGAAGCGAAGGAUGCUUCUUCCACUGUACCAAACUCCAUAUGAGAAGUUCGCCUUUAUAUUAUUACUAAGUGAAAUUGUGUUGUAA